UACAAGGAAAGAACCUGAUUCCAAACCUACGAAGGAGUAAUUGGUUUACUUGGAGCUCCCAGAACAAAUUCUCCUGUUAUAUAUCUUUAUUGAAUAUGUUUAGAUAGCCAUUUUUGUGCCUAUGCGGCAACUUGUGGUUUAACUCGACCCUGCGCCCGGCCCUGGCAAAACAAUUUGCGCCUGUCCCGCCCUUCUCUCUCUCUCUCUUUGAAUUACCAACUGUAUUCUGCAAAUUAAGCUCUCCCUCUAGAUUAACAUAAACUUACUGCAAAUUAAGUUUGAUAUUCGGAUAAAAUCAACAGCCUCAUUUUCAUCUUAGGGGCAAGUUUUCACUGAAUGAGUUCACAACGCCUAAUAUUGCCUAGAGUGUGGUUUCAGUAAUGAAGGGCGACAAUGGUUUCUCUCGUGAUGCUUCUCUCUCUCUCCAUCACAUGAAAUUCUCCAUAAAAACCAGAGAUUUAUGGGACUCUCAAAGCUCUCAAAUCAACAUGGUUUCCAAAGCGUUCAAGCCCAGUUUUCCCAAUUCAAAUUCAGGUUUUUCUCAGGAACCCCACAUCUGUUCAACAAAACGCCUAACAGAAAUCUUCACCCUUUGGACAUGGAGGUAUCAGCUUGCCUCAAAGAAGGAAACCCAAGAGGAGCUCUGCAAGUUCUUGAAAAAGCUAGCCUUUCAGGUCUCAAACCAACACAGAUAAUGGUUUCCUGUGCUCUUAAUGCAUGUGGUCUUCUUGCCAAUAUGAAAAUGGGUGAGAAACUCCAUUGCUACUCUGUGAAAACGGGAUUCGAAUUGAUGGGGAGUCUGGGUAGUGCUCUUGUAGACAUGUAUGCUAAAAAUGGUGAAAUGGGUCUUGCACAUAAGGCCUUCAGUGAGCUCUGUGAAAGAGAUGGAGCCACUUGGAACUCAAUGCUCUCUGGUUAUUCGCAUUCUGGUUCCUUUGAAGAGACGGCUAAGAUUUUUGAGCUCAUGAACCAGGAAGGUGUAGCCCCUAAUCAGUUCACUUUCGCAAUCGUUCUUUCUGCCUGUGCAAAAUCGAGAGAACUUAAUCAAGGUAAAAAGGUUCAUUCGAUAGUUAUCAAAUUGGGUUUUGAGUCUUAUAAAUUUUGUGUAGGCUCUCUGAUUGGUAUGUAUGCUAAAUGUGGAAGUAUCUUAGAUGGUCGAGUGGUUUUUGAUGGAUCAGUGGAACCAGAUAUAGUUUCUUGGACAGCCAUGAUUGCUGGAUAUUUGCAGGUUGGUUCAGUACAAGAGGCCCUGGAAUUGUUUUUGGGUAUGCAAGAACAAGGACUCAAACCAGAUCAGGUGGCUCUGGUGACUAUUUUGAGUGCCUGUGUCAAAUAUGGCUGGCUCAAAGAGGCGAGCAAACUUUUUAAGCAAAUGCGUGAGCCUGGUGUAGUGGCCUGGAAUGCGAUGAUUUCUGGUCAUGCUCAAAAUGGGUUUGAGUUAGAUGCUCUGCAAAUCUUUGGAGAGAUGAAACUGAGUGGAAUUAAGCCUACGCGAUCCACUUUAGGAAGCAUACUGAGUGCCUGUGCUAAUCUAAGUGGUCUAGAGCAGGGUCUGCAAAUUCAUUCAGAGGCAAUUAAGCUUGGAUUGGAUCUCAAUUUCUAUGUGGGCAGUGCCCUGGUUAACAUGUAUUCCAAAUGUGGGUUUGUAAAAGAAGCAAAGCUUUGUUUUGAAACAUCUGGAGAGAGAAACAUUGUGCUUUGGAAUGCGAUGCUGUCUAGCUAUGUUCAAAAUGAGUAUCAUUUGGAGGGAGUCAGGCUCUUUGCUUCCAUGGUUGCUUUGGGUUUUAGACCUGACGAAUUCACCUUUGGUAGUAUUCUUAGUGCAUGUGGAAACUUGGGGUUUCUUGAAUUGGGUCUGCAACUUCAUGCCAUUAUAAUCAAAAGCAAUAUCGAAAGCAACAUAUUUACAGCAAAUGCAAUUGUGGACUUCUAUGCAAAGUGUGGAAAGCUUGUUGAGGCUUUUCUUCAGUUUGAGGUCAUUCCUUUUCGAGAUACAGUUUCAUGGAAUGCAAUUAUAGUGGGGCAUGCUCAAGUGGGCUAUGAGGAGGAGGCUCUAGCUUUCUUUCAUCGAAUGAAUUUAGACAAAGCUUCCCCAGAUGAAGUUUCCCUGGCAAGUGUGCUCAGUGCUUGUGCUAAUAUACGAGCCCUUUGUGAAGGCCUGCAACUCCAUGGAUUCUGUAUCAAAUUAGGGUAUGAAUCGAAUCUUUAUACAGUUAGUGCUCUUAUUGAUAUGUAUGCCAAAUGUGGGUUCAUGGAGUGUGCAAAUAAAAUACUAAUUUACAUGCCUGAAUCUAAUGUUGUUUCGAGGAAUGCAAUAAUUUCAGGGUGGGUUCAGAAUGACAACCCUGAAGAAGCAAUUAAUGCAUUUAAAAGGUUGCAGGUUGAAGGGAUAAAGCCAACACAAUUCACAUUUGCAAGCAUUCUAGUUGCUUGUUCUGAUCUUUUGAGUUUAGACAAAGGAAAACAGGUCCAUGGUUACACUUUUAAGAGUGGGUUUCUCUCUGAUUCCUUCUUGGGCAGCUCUGUUUUGGACAUGUAUGCAAAGUGCCAGGCUACCAUGGAUGCAUAUAAGCUGUUUCAUGAGAUCCGUGAUAGAUCUACAGUGCUCUGGACCUCCAUGAUAUCAGGUCAUGCUCAGAGUGGUCUCAAUGAGGAAGCUCUUGAUAUGUUUCGAGAAAUGAUGGGCGACAUGGAUGCCAAACCAGACCAAGCCACAUUUUCAAGUGUUCUCAGAGCUUGCUCUAGCUUAGCAGCCUUGAGUUUUGGCAAAACUAUCCAUGGCCUCAUUACUCGAACUGGGUUUAGUUCAGAUGUCUUCACAGGCAGCUCACUGAUAGACUUCUACACAAAAUGUGGCGCCAUUGAAGAAGCUCGAAGAGUUUUUGAGGAAAUGAAAGUGAAAGAUUUGGUUUCAUGGAAUGCCAUGCUCGUGGGAUAUGCUAAAAAUGGGUAUGCCCAUGAGGCACUCAACCUCUUUGCAAGGAUGGAGCAUGACGGUAUGAUGCCUGACCGUGUCACAUAUCUUGGUGUUCUCACGGCAUGUAGCCAUGGAGGCAUGGUUUCCAAAGGACGCGAGCUCUUUAACUGCAUGGCCAUGAAGCAUGGGAUCAUGCCGAGGUAUGAUCAUUAUGCAUGCAUAGUUGACCUCCUUGGCCGUGCUGGUCAGCUCCAAGAAGCUGAAGAUUUUAUAAAUAAAUUGCCAUUUGAGCCUGAUUCUGUAAUUUGGUUUACCUUGCUCUCAGCUUGUAGAGUUCAUAAAGAUAAUUUGAUGGGGAAGAGAGUAGCUGAGAGGCUUAUUGACUUGGAACCUCAAAACUCUUCGACAUAUGUGCUUCUUUCUAAUAUAUAUGCGGCUACGGACAAUUGGGAUGGAGUUAAUUUGGUGAGGAGAGAGAUGAGAGAGAGAGGAGUGAGAAAAUCACCUGGAUGCAGUUGGAUUGAGGUGGGGAACAAUACUCAUUCCUUUGUCGCUGGGGAUAGAUAUCAUCCUCAAAGUGGAGAGAUAUAUGCAGUUUUGGAGACUUUGGUUGAAUGGCUUAGAGAUAAUGGUUAUGUUACCAUGUUUGAGUUAGUUUUGAAUGAGGAGGACCCAUGCUUUGAGGGUAUGGAACACAGUUGCUUUGGUGAGGAGAGAGAUGAGAGUGAGGGGAGUGAGAAAGUAGCCUGGAUGUAGUUGGAUUGAGGUGGACAAGAAGACUCAGUGAGAUAGGAGGCGGCUCAUGAGAUUCUAUCUGAGAUACAAUAUAAGGGUCUGGCUCCCGAUGAUUUUCCCAAUGAUUUCACAUACACAGUAAUGGUAAAUGGCAUUGCAAGGCAUGCAAAAUGGAGGAGGCCCAUUGCUUGUUUGAGCUGAUGCAAGUACACUUCCAAGUGCAAUAUCUUAGUGCAAUACUUAUUGAUGGGCACAGUCAUGAAGAGAAUAUGGGAGAAGCUUUGAGAUUGUUUGAAGAGAUGGUGGCAAGGGGCAUCAAGCCUGAGGACGUGACCUAUGGUGUGCUCAUCCAUGCUCAUUGCAAAGAAUGAAAUAUGAUUGAGGCCUUCAAGCUGAGAAAUGUAACUCUAGAUAAUGGAGUGACAAUGGGUGUUGCUAUGGAUUAUGCGCCUAUAGGUGCAAGGGUGAUCUUGGGGAAGCCUUAAGAUUGCUUAAUAAUAAGAUGGAGCAGGUGAAGGACUAAGCUAGAUAAUGCCACUUAUAAUAUUUUGAUCCAUUUCUUGUGCGAAGUGGGUAAUCUGGAUGAAGAGACUAUGCUGCUACAAAAUAUGAUAGAUGGUGGGUUUACCCCAAGUAAUGAAGGUAUGAGUGCACUGAUUAAGGGACAUGAGAAAAUGGACAAUGCCCGAGGAAGAAGUUGCUCUACAGGCUAGACAUAUCUGAUGUUGAAGAAGUAUAGUUAUGUUCUUAUUAGUCUGCAUAGUGGGGAAGGAUGGACUUCCUUCAAAAGAAAUAUGGCAGGCAAGUAAAGGCCAUUUAAGGUGGUGCCAGCAAAGUUGAAAACUGCCUCCAUUUGGCCAAUACUGCUCCAGACUGAAACAAGUAGUUUUACCUUGUUCAUUAAAGAAUCUUUAAAUUAAA